CCGCUGAAGGAGGCAUCUCCUCCCGUUAUCCAACCAAUGUGAUACCCACCGGUUCUUCUGGAGAGGAGUUCCUCUAUCGUCGCUCGACCUCACCUCAUUUGAUCUUUUCAGCAAUAUUUCUCCACAUUCAGAGAAUAAUGGAAGCGCUCGCGACUAGAUGCGCACUCUUCCUCGCGCAGCUCGCACUCUUCUGUAACACAGUGGAUAUAUCAGAAGCAUAUGGAUUCAGAUCACAGAAGAAGCUCUCAGAGAAUAUAGACUGGUCAUACGCGGGAACUCUGAACCAAAACAACUGGGCCAAGAAAUACCCAUCAUGCAACAAUGCCAAACAGUCACCAAUAAAUAUUGAGGAGAGCCUGACGCAGGUCAAAGUUCAGUUCCAGAAGCUGAGAUUAGAGGGCUGGGCGGAAAAGACUUCAGACUCCACUACAGUCAAGAAUGAUGGCAAAUCUGUGGCCAUUGAUGUGGGAGGAGAGUUCUAUGUGACUGGAGGGGGGCUUAGGUCUAAGUUUAAAGUGGGACGCAUCACUUUCCACUGGGGCCUGUGCAAUGCCUCAUCUGAUGGCUCCGAACACAGCAUCAAUGGAGAGAAAUUCCCCUUGGAGAUGCAGAUAUAUUGUUAUGAGGCAGAUGUUUUCAGUGACAUCGAUGAGGCCCUCAGAGAAGGAGGAAAGAUCACCGCAUUGGCCAUGUUAUUUGAGACACGUAUUGAAGAUAAUGAAAACUAUUUGGCCAUCAUUGAUGCAGUCAACAGUGUCAGCCGUUAUGGAAAGAGCGGCCCCAUCUCUCCAUUCACCCUUCAGGGUCUCCUCCCCAACUCCACAGAGAAGUACUUCAUCUACAACGGCUCUCUCACCACCCCUCCCUGCUCUGAGACUGUGGAGUGGAUCGUCUUCAAGAACACUGUGUCCAUCUCAAAUGCUCAGUUGGAGAUGUUCUGUGAGGUGAUGACCAUGCAACAAGCCGGAUACGUCAUGCUCAUGGACUACCUGCAGAAUAACUACAGAGAGCAGCAGGAGCAGUUUAUGGGACAGGUCUUCUCAUCCUACACUGGCGUUGAGGAGGUCCACACUCCUAUUUGUAGUUCAGAGCCGGAGAAUGUGCAAGUCAGCCCUCAUAAUUAUACCAGCAUGCUUGUGAUCUGGGAGAGACCUCGUGCUGUUUAUGACGCAAAUAUAGAGAGAUACUCCGUCACCUACCGCCCAGUCCUGGGAGAUGAUGAAUCUGCAUUAGAAUACUUGACUGAUGGUGACCAAGACGUGGGGGCGAUCAUUCAUGACCUGGUGGCCAACACCAGUUACAAGGUGCAGGUGGUUGCCGUGUGCACCAAUGGACUAUAUGGCAGAGUGAGUGACCAGCUGACCAUGGACUUGCCCCUGGAUGAUCCUGAAACAGACCCUGAGAGAGUAUCAUUUGACUAUGAUGAGGAAGACUAUCACUUCAAUCCAUUUUUGGUCAGACCGGACUCAAAUCAGCCUCUAUAUCCUGUCCGAACCACCACAGCCCGCUCAAGAGUUACUACAACAGAGCGCCCAAUCUAUCGAUUCUUUGGUAUUCAAACACCAAAGACUCAUGAAAGAAGACUUCCAGUAGAUGACUCCCAGAAGACUCAAGAUCAUUAUGCUCCGGUGACAUACACAGAUAAACCUACAGUGAAAUACACAGAGAAACAUACCACCCCCACACCCAUAACCACCACUUUUAUUGUAGAUGUACACACCAAUAGACCAGAUACUAGUCCCAGAGUUGAAUCAGGUGUAUACUCAGAGUCUGAUGAUAUAAGCAGAAGCGCAGGUUCUCCAACAACAAGUGUCACCCCUGAAAUAACAUUAACAUCAGCAUCAAUAGAUAUUUUGGCGGUUGAGGGAGUGUCCCGACCUGCAAACCACUCAGACAGGUAUGGGAAGAGCUCAGUGACUGUAUCCCCACUACCUGAAACCCCACUGAAAUCAACUACUCCUUUUCCCUUGGAGGUGCCUCUGCGGCCUACAACUCCUAGCUUGCUUUUUCCAACCAUUGCCGCUUUGAGCACCGUUCUGUUGCAGACCACCCAGCCAGUAUUUAAUGGUGAGAGUGCCCCCUACAUCCCCUCUGUAUCUGACACCGUGUCCUAUGUGCAUGCAAGUCCUGUGUCUCCCCAUUCCUUCAGCAGUCUGUUGUCUGAGCCCUUUUCUGACCUGGACAUCCCGCACACUGUUUCCGUGCUGGUGCCUGAUGGUGCACAGUCUGUCAGCCCCUCCCUGUCCUACCCUACCCUAUUCCUCACCAAUUCUGUGUCCUGUUUGGACAUGGAACCUGUCUCUAGUGGUGGUUGUAAUGAUGAUGAUGGUGAUGAUGUUUUGUCUGGGUCUAUCUUGUCUGACCCUCAAAGUAAAAGUACUUUUCCCCUUAAAAAUUUACCAGAAGCAACUGGUUCUGUGUUCUCGGUGCAUCCCAGCUCUGAACAUGACCCACACUUCACUGAGACCACCAGUACUGGCUUGUCACUGAACAUUCUUACAUAUCUCCAGCCUUCAGUUCCUGUCUCUAGUGACUACUCUCUGAGGACGAUGGCCCUUGACUCAACCAAUUCUCUCUCAGGUAGUGUUGGGGACUCCAGCUUGUUGGCUGAGUGGGUAGAUUCCUCUCUGGCAGCUCCUACUUUUAGCCAAGAUGGUGGUUCGUCUAGUGAAAUCUCUCUGCAUGCCCCUUCUCUCUUCCUGUUGCCCUCCACUUCUUGGGGACCUUUCCCUCCUUAUGGUGGUCUCUCGGGGGACCUUUCUAGUCUGUUAGAGCUCCAUUCUUUUUCCUCAACUUCCAGCACCAGUACUCCUCUGUGCAGCAAUGCAGACGUGGUCCUCCGCACAGAGGCUCUUUUAUCUUCUCUCCAUAUUUCCACCAAGCACUCUAGUGACACCAGCAUUUCUAUUGCAGCAACUGUCAGCGGCUUUGUGCGAAGUGUAGUCGGACAGUCCCAAGGGGCACCUACUCCCGUGGAGUCCACAAUUAUUGCACCCACAUCUACUCAAGAAUCCAGUACCACUGCAAAUCUCAUGGUGCCUCCAACGGUUGCGCCGACCUCUGCACUGGAAAAAAGCUCUAUGCUUACUCCUACAAUGCCCCAAAUGGUUUCACCAACCUUGGAUCUAGAAUCCAGCUCCGUGAUUGCUCACAUUGAGUCCCCAUCCAUUGCACCAACCUUUGCUCUGGAGUCCAGCUCCAUACCUACUCACUCUGCUGAUGGACAGCUUGAGAGCAGUGCCUCGGGAUGGGCUCUGGAUUUAGUUUGGAUUCAGAGCUCAACAUUAGGAGAUGAGAGUACCACCCCAUACAUCCCUACUGCCUCUCCUACAGAUGUACCGCCUGAUGAGACAGAUGAUGGGGGUGAGGAACAUUCAUCUUCCUUCUAUUUUGAGGGUGAAAAUGGUACCAAAAGUGAAGCUAUUGAGUCCAGGGUUACCAUACGCCCCAGUCCGUCCUGGAAUCUGCAAGGAGGUGGGGAAGAUGAGAGCGGAUCAGGUGAAAGCCUCACAGAUAAUGAGACAUCUUCAGACUUCAGUAUCCCAGAGUGCAAUGAGAGGGAUUCAGAGAAGGAACCAGUGGAAGAUGCCAUUAACAGCAGUCAUGAGUCGCGGGUCGGCCUGGCAAGCAGCAUUGAGCGGCAGAAGAAAGCUGUUGUUCCUCUGGCUGUGGUCUCCACUCUCACCUUCCUGGGACUCGUCUUUCUGAUCGGCAUUUUUAUCUACUGGAGGAAAUGUUUCCAGACUGCUCAUUUCUACCUAGAAGACAGUACAUCACCCAGGGUGAUCUCAUCCUCACCAGUGCUGAGCCCUGCAGGUGUUCAUGAACCCCAGUCAGUGAAACAAUUUGUCAAACAUGUGGCUGAGCUUCACACCACCAACUCGUUUUCCCAAGAGUUUGAGAUAUUGAAAGAAUAUUUUGAGGAGGUUCAGACUUGCACCGUGGAUAUUGGAACAACAAUGGAGAGUUCCAGUCAUCAGGACAACAAGAAUAAGAACCGAUACAUCAAUAUUUUAGCUUAUGACCACAGUAGAGUGCGACUCGCACCCCUGACAGACAAAGAUGGAAAGAGUGGAGGGGACUACAUAAAUGCCAACUACGUGGAUGGUUUUAACAAAAAGCAAGCCUACAUCGCUGCACAGGGGCCUUUGAAGUCCAGCACAGUGGAUUUCUGGAGGAUGGUCUGGGAGCAAAAUGUGGGAGUGAUCGUCAUGAUCACAAACCUGGUGGAGAAAGGACGGAGAAAGUGUGAUCAGUACUGGCCCCUGGAGAAUCCGGAAGAAUAUGGCAGUUUUUUGGUUACUGUAAAGAGCACUAAAGUCCUCGCUUACCACACCCAGAGAACCUUCACCAUAAGAAACACCAGCAUAAAGAAGGGUUCCCAGAAAGCUCGUAGUAAUGAGAGGACAGUAAUACAGUACCACUACACACAGUGGCCAGACAUGGGCGUUCCUGAGUACAUCCUGCCUGUACUGUCAUUUGUCUACAAGUCCUCAAGAGCCAGUACAGAUGACAUGGGUCCAAUGAUCGUACACUGCAGUGCUGGUGUGGGCAGAACAGGGACCUACAUAGUGCUAGACAGCAUGUUAAAACAGAUUAAAGAACAGAGGACCGUUGACAUUAUGGGCUACCUCAAACACAUACGUACACAACGCAACUAUCUUGUUCAAACAGAGGAGCAGUACAUCUUUACCCAUGAUGCUCUAGUACAGGCAAUUUUGAGUCAAGAGACAGAGGUGCCAUCAAGAAAUAUUCACAGAUAUGUGAAUGACCUCCUGACUCCAGGGGCCUCGUGCAAGACACGCCUGGAAAAACAGUUCAAAUUGCUGUGCCAGAUGAAUACCAGGCAGAAUGACUUUAGCAGUGCUCUGAAAGAAUGCAACAGAACAAAGAACAGAAGCUGCUCCUUGAUACCUGUGGAGAAAUCCAGAGUGUGUCUGUCCACAUCAACGGAAGAGAUGUCAGAUUACAUCAACGCCUCCUAUGUCAUGGGCUACCGACAGAGCAAAGAGUUCAUCAUUACCCAGAAUCCUCUGUUCAGGACAGUGAAGGACUUCUGGAGGAUGGUGUGGGAUCACAAUGCGCAGGUCAUUGUUUCAUUACCAGAGAUGAGUAGCACGAUAGAAGAUAGCGAGUCAGUCGCAUUCUGGCCUGGGAGAGAUCAACCAAUCAGCUAUGAAACCUUCUCAGUAUCGUUAAGAGGGGAGGGCAAUGUUUGCCUGUCCAAUGAAGAUAUGUUGACAGUGCAGGAUUACAUCUUAGAGGCGACACAGGAUGACUAUGUUCUAGAAGUGAAGCAUUACCGGGCUCCACGCUGGCCAAAUCCAGACAGUCCUAUCAGUAAUGUCUUUGAGCUGAUCAAUAUCAUCCGAAAAGAGUCCAGCUCUAAAGACGGACCCAUGGUCGUGCACGAUGUACAUGGUGGCGUGACUGCUGGAACGUUCUGUGCACUGUCCUCACUAGUGCAGCAGCUUGAGUAUGAAAGUUUGGUAGAUGUCUAUAUGGUGGCCAAGAUGAUCAACCUCAUGAGACCUGGUGUCUUCACUAAUAUUGAUCAGUAUCAGUUCCUUUAUAAAGCUAUCCUGAGUUUGGUUGGCACCCAAGAAGAUGAGCGAGCGCUUCAGUCCACCGGCAACAACGGCACGGCCCCAGGAGACGUCUCGAGUGUGGCCGAGAGUCUAGAAUCCUUGGUGUAACCAUAGUGAUGAGCCUGCACAAGAAAAAAAAGACACUUUUUCUAUCAAAGAAUGCUCUUCUGUUUUUCCCCAGUCCAAUUUUUUUUCCAUCUUUGAACUGAUAGCACACUGCUGGAUGCAGUGCAUUAAUAUACUUGUGUGGAUUUGUACACCACCAAACAUUUUUAAGCUUAAAGGGAUAGUUCACCCAAAAAUGAGAUUUCCGUCACCAUUUACUCACCCUCAUCUUGUUUUAAAUAUGCAUGACUUUCUUUCUUCCAUGAAACACAAAUGGAGAAGUUUGGCACAAUGUUUGCCUCAGUCACCAUUUACUUUUAUUGCAUAUUUUUUUCCAUACAGUGAAGGUGAAUGGUGACUGAGACUGAAUAUUUUGUCAAACAUGAUCUCUUUUGUGUUACACAAGAGAAAGAAAGUAAUAUGGGUUUGAAACAACAUGCUUUUGAGUAAAUUAUGAAUUAUAUAUUUUUUCUGUGAACUAUCCAUUUAGCUAAUUGUGUCUUUCUUAAACUGUGACCUUGUGCUAACAUCUUACUAAUGUCUUCUUGUAGAGUCUUAUAUUUAUUUGCUUAAAAGCUUGUUUAAAGAGAAAACAAGACCGUUUUUUAAUAAGACAGUUUUUUAUUAGUCUAUUUUUUGUAGUUGCCAAGAAUUUUAGCCACGCCUUUUUUUAUACAAAUAUAAAUACAAAGAAAGUGGCAAAAUUUUUCAGUCAUGAAUAAGGGCAGGAAAUAAUAUUCUAAUGUAAAUAAUAUUAUAGCAACCUCGUCGAUGGACCAAAUUCCUAUUUAUGUCUAGAAUUUUAUAUUUUACCAUCGAGGCAAUAGUGCUUUUCAAAAUACGGCUGAAGUAAUUUAGUCAACACAUUUAUAAUAAUGUUUAAUAUUGUUGACGUCCCUAUGUUUUGAAUUGUUACUGACAUAAGAUGUAUUACAUACUGACACUGUUUAGCUGUACAAGAUGUUUAUGUCUGUUUAUAGGAUUAAAUGAAAGCACACAAAUAGAGUGAUCUAUUUAUGCUGGGGUACUUCUUGUGUUUAGAGAUGAACAUAGCAAGGCUUUUUGUCAUAACUCUUGUUUUUGGAAAAUAUUUUUGCCACAACAGCAACUUGCAUUGCAGAAUAGCAUUCUUAGAUGAUAUUCUUCUCACCGCAAUUUUACAGAGCAUUUAUCUGAGUUAUUGUAGACUUUUGAACCAGUCUGACCAUUCUCUGUUGACCUCUCUCAUCAAGAAGGCCAGGAGAUCAGCAGUUACAGAAAUACUCAAACCAGCCUGUCUGACACCAACAAUCAAACCAUGCUCCAAAUCACUGAGAUCACAUAUUUUCCCCAUUCUUAUGGUUGAUGUGAACAUUAACUAAAGCUCCUGACACGUAUCUGCAUGAUUUUAUGCACCACUGCCACACGAUUGGCUGAUUAGAUAACUGCAUGCAUGAUUGUUGGUGCCAGAUGGGCUGGUUUCAGUAUUUCUGUCUAAAUGUGUAUACUCAUUUGUCUUGCUAAAACUCAUUUCAAAAUUAGCAUUUUGUAUAUCCUAAAUACAUACAAUACAAAUUCCUGAGACUCUAGGCUGUCAUUAAAGGUUUAAAUUUUCAUGUGACAAAUAAAACAACCAAUCACAGCAAAGUUUAUCUUUGGGAGAAACGGCAACAAAACUACAUCUGGUAAGAAACCUCAUUAAGUUUUUAUAUUAAACCCUGUUUGAGUCAAAAGAGUAGACUCUCGUGUUUCAUCUGAUAUGCCAUUUUUAAAAUUUCUUAGAUUUAUUGCGAAACUGCACACCAUGUUCCUGGACUAUAGACUCAUUUUCCUUAAAAUAUCCUGUAUUCUCUGAAUUAUAACAUUCAGUAGCAAUGGAUGCAUCCAAAAGCUGGAAAAUGUUGCUUUCAGAGGCUGUCUACGGAGUUAUGAUGAA